CCAAUUCUUCCUCCUUCUAUGGUACAUUAUUAGUACUCGAAGUACCUAUUUUGGAGGGAGCUAAAUGAAUGGGCUAAACUAUAGAAGUUUUUUUUUUUUUUUUUUUGGUCUUGCAAUAUUGAAUUACUAGCACUAUAUGAGUGAUGAUAGGACAUGAUUAGAAAUCUUGUCAAUGAUCAAGUUAUCAAAUCAACAACACACAUAUACUCACUUUGCUUCCUACCAUACUUACCAAAUGAUUUGGGAUUAUUUGACUUCGAAGUAAGUUAAUAAGAACAAAAUGUGCCAAGUUUAGUGCAAAAGUACAAACAAACAGAAAAUGACUUUGCUACUUUUGUAUAGAAUAAGAAUAAGAUGUGAUAUUAAACCAAGGGAUAUGAAACCAAUAUUGAAUAAAGAUUUAUUUAUCAUAAUAUAGAAUUAAAAGCUCAUCAUACUAUAAUAUGUCUAUGGCCUGCCAUAUUAAUAAUUAAAAUUUAACUUUCCGUGAACACAGCAAUGUUGGACCCACGAUCCAAUCGACCGUUUAAUUCAUAAUUAUGACCGUUACAAACCCCAAAAAUUCAAAAAUUUAAAAAGCCAACAUUGACCACCCCAUUAUUUUACUAUUUCCACACUCAUUUUUAUCCUAAAAGUAGAAAAACUAGCAGCUUUGGUGUGUCAUAAGUAAAAAAGGAAGUGCACAUAACACUUUAAUCCUUGCACAUUUCAAAUUCAACUAUUUACAGCCGUCCAUGACCCACCAACCAACGGCUCAGAUCACUCCCAAACUUUCUCUCACCAAAACUCACAUAAUCUUGAACAUGCUCCCCUCUUUCUAAUUCAAUCCCUCUAAAAUCUCCUCUCUUCUUCCCCAAAAACCCGAAAAGAUUCGAGCUUUCGACCGAUUUUUACAUCUGGGUUAGCAAGAAGAUCAAAAGGGUAUGUUUAGAUUGUGACAAGAAAAGGUUAUAACAGUUAAAGAAAUGCCAGUUUCAACAAGAUCUCAGAUUUUUAAUACAGAAGAUGAAAAUGGAGGAUCAACAACAACAGUAACAGAGCAAACAGAGAAUAGUAAAAUGGCGCAUGCUUUGAGAAACCCUCAUCAUGGUUUGAAAGAGAAGUUGAAGAGUUUAACUCUUCUAUAUGAGCAGCAAAAAUCAUCCUCAAUUGUUUCUAAAAAUCAUAAUUUUAAACCCCAAGAUCAGAAAUUUCCUCCAAUUCCAGCUCUUGAUCGAAAUGGGUCAAUGAAAAUCGAAGAAAUUGAUUCAAGAAAGCAGAAAUUCCCUCCAAUCCUACCUCAAUAUCGACCCGAUUCAUCGAAAAAAGAAGAAAAGGAAGCAAUUGCAGCAUCAAUACCACCUGCAACAACUGAAAAAAGUCCAGUGAUGAAAGAAAAUUCAAUGCCCAAUGCAACAGUGACAAAAACCUAUGUUAUACCCCAAUCCCCAAAUUCAGCAUUGGAUGAUGCUAAGGAGAAUGCUGUGGCAGCCAAUGGGGAUCGAAUAGUCGGGUUUACGUGCCCUCGAAAGGCGCCUGUUUCGAGCACGGUGGCAAGGAAAUUGUCACUGGGAUCACAAAUGGAGACAAGAAGGGAAAGAAAAUUGUCAUUAGGCCAAGAAAUGGAUCCCCUGUUUCAAAAACAGAGUAAUAGUAGAAAUAGCAGGAUUUUGGUGUUUGUUAGGCUUAGGCCUAUGAUGAGAAGAGAGAAGGAAGCCGGGUGUCGUAGCUGUGUAAGGAUCAUCAAUCGCCGAGAUGUUUAUUUGACCGAAUUCGCUUCGGAUAACAAUGAUUAUCUCAGGUUGAAGAGAUUGAGGGGAAGACAUUUCACAUUUGAUGCUUCUUUUCCUGAGUCAGCUUCUCAGAUGGAUGUUUAUUCAACUACAACAGCAGAUCUCGUCGAAGCUGUGUUGCAAGGGAGGAAUGGAUCAGUGUUUUGUUACGGUGCUACAGGAGCCGGAAAAACAUAUACAAUGCUCGGAACAGUAGAGAGUCCAGGGGUAAUGGUGUUGGCAAUCAAGGAUUUAUUUACCAAGAUUAGGCAGAGAAGUUAUGAUGGUAAUCAUGUUGUACAACUAUCUUACUUAGAGGUUUAUAAUGAGACUGUCAGAGAUUUAUUGUCUCCUGGAAGACCUUUGGUUCUUAGAGAAGAUAAACAGGGAAUCAUAGCAGCUGGGUUAUCACAGUAUAGAGCCUAUUCUACAGAUGAGGUAAUGGCAUUACUUCUUCAAGGAAACAAGAAUAGGACUACUGAACCAACUCGAGCUAACGAGACAUCUUCCAGAUCCCAUGCUAUAUUGCAGGUUACAAUUGAGUAUCGAACAAGAGAUGCUUCGUUGAAUGUAAUCAAUCGCAUAGGGAAGCUAUCAUUGAUCGAUUUAGCAGGCUCAGAGAGAGCCCUAGCUACAGAUCAGAGAACUCUGAGAUCAGUAGAAGGUGCCAACAUUAACCGUUCACUUCUUGCACUUAGCAGCUGCAUCAAUGCCCUUGUAGAAGGAAAGAAGCACAUACCAUACCGAAAUUCCAAGCUCACUCAACUUCUCAAGGACUCUUUAGGUGGAGCUUGUAACACGGUUAUGAUUGCAAAUAUCAGCCCUAACAACCUUACUUUUGGUGAAACACAAAAUACCCUUCAUUGGGCUGAUCGAGCCAAGGAAAUUCGGAACAAGGGAUAUGAAACGAAUGAAGAGCUGGUACAUUCUGAUGCUGAUCAGGCUAAACUGCUACUCGAAGUACAGAAGGAAAACCGGGAACUUCGAGUACAACUAGCAAGGCAACAGCAGAAGCUAUUAAGUAUUCAAGCUCACUCCUUAGCUGCUAAUGCCUCACCAACUCCUCCUUCUGUUAGGUCUAUUCUUACUCCUCCAUCCAACAAGCAAAGGUCAAGGACUCCAUUGCGAACAACACCAGAACCAAACAAAAAGAAGGAAUCUGAAGAAGCUGUAAGGGAACUACAAUUGGUGGUGAAAACAUUAGAAGGAGAGAUGGAAAGAUUGAGGAGAGAUCAUGCAUUGCAACUAAAGAAAAAGGAUGAAAAAAUUAGGGAGUUAACUGCGAAAUUAUCCAAAGGGGUGAGACGGAGAGAUGAAGGAUUGAAAAGCAUAGUCACUAGAUCAAGCUUAAGGUCAAAGGAAGCAAACACAGAAGUAAAAACUUCUAGUCAUAGGUUUUUGUCUCCUGCACCAGCGGCGAAGAAAAGGAGUUUUUGGGACAUAACAACAGCUAAUAGUCCUUCAGUCACUACCGUGAAUGGAAGAAAAACAAGAAGCCAUGUUAAUGCUGAUCCUACUGCUCAACCUUCCAUGCUUCUUCAGCUUAAACAUCCAUGUAUCUGGUCUGUGUUGAUCCUUGGACUGCACAUCAUCAAUUACAAUCAUACAGCCAGGUUUUGCUCGACAAAGGCUUAGUCCCUACAGGCAGUGACAGAAAACAAAGAAAACAUGAUGUACAGGAAAGGCGCGCCUUACUGAUCUCAAGGUCAGAUCAGGAAUACAUUCAGCUGGCAAUCUGUUAGUUGGUGGUUCAAGCCAAAAGAAAGAAAAGUCCUCAGUUUGCCUGCUGUUUCUGUUUUCUUUUUCGACCAUGCUCGAAGGAAGAAAACAAACAAACGAACGAACAUACAAACAGGCCGGGCUAGAGAAGGAGCUAUAAAGAAUCAUGUGAGUGGUUCAGCAAUACUGCUGCAGAUAGUUUACUAGCAAUGAAGCCAUUGCUUCAGAGAAUUCCUGAAAAGAACACAAUCAUUUUUUCAUUCUUUUUUAUUAUGAAAAUUUGUUAUGGUUUUCUCCUAUGUCAAUGGCUUCUAUAUUUGUUAUUGUACUAGAAUUAUGUUGAACUUUCUUGUUGUGCUACCAUGUCCAUUUACAGAAGGACAGUCACUUUGAAAUGACAGUAGGAUAAUAUAAAACUGCUACUGUAGAGGGUUUUUUUUUUUUUUUUUUUAUUUGAUAAAGUUAUGUAAGAUUCUUUAUUAUGAGAUGUUGAAGCAAAAUGAAAAGUAAUUUUCUGAA